AUGGAAGAUGAUUCCCCAACCCUGAAACCCAGGCGCAUCCAGAACCAGAAUGUGGUCCAUCGACUGGAGCGGCGACGGAUCUGCUCUGGGCGGGCUGGAGCCCACUGGUAUCGCGUGCGCUGCUUCCACCAGAACCUAUUCCCCAACUUCACUGUGGUCAACGUAGAGAAGCCUCCCUGCUUCCUCCGCAAGUUCUCCCCAGAUGGACGCUGCUUCAUAGCCUUCUCCUCUGACCAGACCUCCCUGGAGAUCUAUGAGUACCAGGGCUGCCAGGCGGCUGAGGAUCUGCUGCUGGGGCAGGAUGGGGAGACCCUGGCAAAUGGCAACGACCAGCGCUCCCUCAACAUCCGCGGCCGCCUCUUUGAGCGCUUCUUUUCACUACUGCACGUCACUAAUGUGGCCUCCAAUGGGGAGCACCUGAACCGAGAGUGCAGCCUGUUUACUGAUGACUGUCGCUAUGUGAUCGUGGGCUCAGCGGUCUAUGUGCCAGAGGAGCCCUCUCCACACUUCUUUGAGGUGUACCGCAACAACGAGUCUGUGACUCCCAACCCACGCUCUCCUCUGGAGGACUACUCACUGCACAUCAUUGACCUGCACACUGGCCGGCUUUGUGACACCAGGUCCUUCAAGUGUGACAAGAUCAUCCUCUCGCACAACCAGGGACUCUACCUCUACCGUAACAUACUGGCUGUUCUUUCUGUUCAGCAGCAGACAAUCCAUGUCUUUCAGGUAUAUAUCUCAGCUUGCAUUGUCCUCUGAACCCUAUGCUUACCUGGAAGUGAGAUUAUAAAAUGUAUACUUUAUUGAAUAAAAUUGAAUUAACGUUUUUACAAACCUUUUCCUUUCAUCCUGUAGGUGACAUCAGAGGGGACGUUCCUGGACGUGCGGACCAUCGGUCGGUUCUGCUACGAGGACGACCUCCUGACUCUGUCUGCGGUGUACACUGAGGCCCGUGCCGAGGGCCAGCCAGGCUUCUCCCGCCUCUACAAGGAGAAGACCAUCAACUCCCUGAAGCACAGACUACUGGUCUACCUGUGGAGACGGGCUGAGCAGGACGGCAGCGCCACCGCCAAGCGACGCUUCUUCCAGUUCUUUGACCAGCUGAGACAGCUGAGGAUGUGGAAGAUGCAGCUGCUGGAUGAGCACCACCUCUUCAUCAAAUACACCAGCGAGGACGUGGUCACCCUGCGAGUCACUGACCCCUCUCAGGUACACCUCUGCCCUAACUAAGUUUCUGUAAUAAGGCCUUGUUGGUGUGCAAAUCAUACAGGUAUGCACUUCUGAAAGUGCUAUCUGCAAUCUGCAGUUGAUUAAAUCCUGUCAUUUGAUUUUGUUUUUCUGCACUCUAAAUAAGGACACUGGGGAAUUAACACUGUAGAUUCAGGCUCAUUGCAGCUUAUUGCUCAGAAAACAUCUGACUUGAAAUAUUGAUUUUGUCUCAAACAUUGUAGCUAUAGGCCUAUUUCAUAUGAUUGUUUGCUGUUGAUGCAUUAGUGGAUAUCCUCUUUAUUUCUAACUUCAUAUCUGUCUGCUCUUCUCUCAGCCCUCAUUCUUUGUAGUGUACAACAUGGUGAGCACAGAGGUGAUGGCAGUCUUUGAGAACACCUCUGACAAACUGCUGGAGCUGUUUGAGAACUUCUGUGACCUGUUCCGGAACGCCACGCUCCACAGUGAAGCUGUUCAGUUCCCCUGCUCAGCCUCCAGCAACAACUUUGCACGGCAGGUCCAGAGAAGGUAUUGUUGGCUGGGGGGAGGCUAACCGCAGGGCUAACAUGAAAAUAAAUCCAUACAGUGUGGCACAAUCCAAAGGCCAAUAAAUUGAACCAAUUUACAUAAAUUAGACUAUUAAAACAGUGUUUAGUAGAGUUCUGAGAAUUUCACAGUAUUCCUUAGAAUUUUUCAGUUAAAUCAUUCAGAAAUGACUGCUUUUUUUUGUUCCAUUGACAGUGGGAAAUCUUUCUGCUUAUGCUCCCUCCUGGUCAGGUUCAAAGACACCAUAGUGAAUGCAAAGUAUGGCGGUCACACUGAGGCUGUGAGGAGGCUGCUGGGACAGCUGCCCAUUAGUGCUCAGUCCUACAGCAGCAGCCCCUACCUCGAUCUUUCUCUCUUCAGCUAUGACGACAAGUGGGUUUCUGUGAUGGAGCGGCCCAAAACAUGUGGAGACCACCCCAUCAGGUAACAUUGGCUAGAUAAUGCUGAUUUCUAAAACGUUUUUCUGUAAAACAAAAAUGUUUGUUGUGCCCUGGUAAAAAUUACAUUGAAUCAAUAAUCAAUCAUUCAUACCAUAAAACUUCAAUUAAUAAAGGGGUGUUUAUUUGCUUCAACCGUGGAGCUGCGCCGACAUCUGUUGGAGACAUCAAUCAUUCAGAGCGAGAUGGAGAUUCUGUUAGAUUCCACCGGAGCAGACUGGCAAAAUGCAUAAUUACACUUUUCUUGACCAGGUGUUUAUUAGAGUCUGCCAUUUAUUAGCUAAAAUGUUUAAAUGAUGCCCGGCCAUUAUAAAAGGCAGGGACUUGUUGGAGACUGUGUUUAAUCAACAUUUUAUGGUAACUGUAAGCUCUCUUGUUAUUGGAAGUAUUACAUUUAUUGUUUGGAAAUGAAACUACAAUAACUAAUAACGUUAUAGGACAACCAUUUGGAUGUAGCUGUGUGUUCCUAGAUACCCUCUUUCAUUUCAAACUUGCAUUUGAAAAGACUGACUGUUUUUCUUGUUAACUGCAGGUUUUAUGCUCGGGACUCUGGCUUGCUGAAGUUCAAGAUCCAGGCAGGCCUGCUGGGCCGGCCCAUUAACCAUGCCGUCCGGCGGCUGGUGGCGUUCACAUUCCACCCCUUUGAGCCAUUCGCCAUCUCAGUACAGAGGACCAACGCUGAGUAUGUGGUGAAUUUCCACAUGCGUCACGUCUGUGUAUGAGAGGAAACCAGGGGACUAGACCUGGAGAACUUGGCAUUGUACUGUGUAGAGAAAACAGCGGCCAUUCUGCCUUUUUUCUCCCCCUAGUGUGAGGAACAAAAUAAGACUGGACUGUGGGCGGAACCACUUGAAGUUGAAAUGGGGAGCUUGGGGAUGGGGGAUGGGGGAUGGAUUCCUUGCAGGGACCAAAGAUGAUUUUGGCUGGCUCUCAAAAUGUUAUUUUCCAUAUCACCAUGUCUUUUUUUGGGUCACAUUUUAUUCUAUGAAUUUUUAUUUAGCUUUUUUACAUUUGUUUUAUAUUUCAAUAAAAUUAUUUAAAUAUUCUGUGUGAUUCUUUAUUAUGAAUAUUUUGCUAGAGUAAAGGCUAUCUGUAAUAUACUUUGCUUAGUGGACCCUUUUA